CAACAUUUCAGCAACAAAUGUUCAACACCGUUUAAUCUCCUUUACGUUGUCGCUAAUAGUAAAUUAUAUCUUUUUGAAAGUUGUAUUUACGACAUUAAUAGUGUUGAGUCUGGAUCAUUAAUAAAGAAAUGACGUGUUUAGGAUUAACAAGUUUUAUAUUGUCACAAAUACUCGUCAGUGAAAUCUUAGGCAGACCACAUAAAAGACUAAUGGAACUGUACGACAGUGAUGAGCGCCUGCUGGUUAUUCUGGAAACACAAAUAAGGCUCCAGGAAUCUCAUGUUCAGUUUUUGGAAAGGAGACUAGAGCAGUUUUCAGCGUCUGCGUCUCGCUACGUAGAAAAGGAACAGUACAUGAGCAACGCCCUCAACAACCUCGUCCUGCUCAGACGGUUAAUUACCGACUGGCCUGCACUCUCCAGGAUUGUUCCCAAACUUUCGUCUGUAGUUUCUGAGGUACCGUGGCCAGAAGAGUACGAUGUGAGGGCAGUGGUGAGAGCACUGACAAGGCUACAGCUCACAUACGAACUGAGGACCGAAGAUUUGGCUCAUGGUUUGGUCCACAGCAAUCCUGCACACGUUAACUUAACAGGCGAGGACUGCCUGAACGUGGCGCUGUACUACUGUGAGGAGCACCAACACCAGCUGGCAAAUCAAUGGUUGGAACAAGCCCUUGCAAAACAGGACAACACAAUCGCUAUCGACGCCAUCCUGGAGAGUAUAGCGAUCUCUAAGUGUUUUUUAGGAGACACAGGUGGUUCAGCAGAGGGUCUUACAAAACUCCUAAAUGAUUUUCCCGAUUACAAAUCACUUAUCACAAACCUGACUAAAUGGCAAGAUUUAACUUCCGAAGACUAUUCAACGCAAAGAGAGACCUUUGCAAGACAAGACCAGUAUUAUGACCUAUCUAAUGAAAGAAUGGACAAGUUCAACUCGUUGUGUCGUGCCGCCACCGGCAGCAGCUUGCAGCCCCAACAUGUCCUGUCCUGUCGCUACGUGCACUACAACAAGACGAGACUAAGGCUGGGGCCCUUUCCGUGUGGAGGAGUUACAGGUCGAUCCACCCGUUCUCUUGUUCCACGACGUUAUCAGUGAUGACGAGAUAAGGGAGGUUCAGUGGAUUUCUGGCCGGGACCUGCAGACAAGUAAGGUUAUGUCUGACGAUGGCCACCCCUACGUGUCGCCACAUAGAUCCAGCGAGAUGGCCUGGCUACAGCCUGGGAGAUAUGUUGUGGAUAAACUGAACAUGCGAAUGGCCGACAUGACAAAUCUGAACAUUGUACAGUUCUGAAUUCGCUCAAAUAUCCAGAUAUGGUCUCGGAGGGGAAUACUUUGCCUCACACAGACGCUCUC